AUGACUCCCAAUAUCUCGGAGUUACACUCCGCGACCGUCCAGCUUAGCCAGCUCAAGCUAAAGCAAGAGGGAAGCCUUCCAAAGCUCUACGAGAUCAGGCCUGCCGGCCCCGGCAAAGGCCUCGGCGCGUUCGCCAUCCAGCCCAUCAAGCGUGGCACCCGCAUCCUUGCCGAAGCUCCGCUCCUCUCAAUCGCUCAGUCCGAGUACCUCGAAGGCGACAUCCAGCGCUCCUUCGACAAGCUUUCAGCCGAAGACAAAGCCAAGUACUUCACCCUCCACUCGAACCACGGCCAAGACCCCAAGAACUGGCCCAGCACCAUCCACCCUCGCACCCACGAAGCCGAAAGGCAGCGCAUCGAGGAACAGCACAACUCGCGCGUCGGCGACAAAGCGACAAUCCUCUCCAUCUUCCAGACGAACUGCAUGGAGCACGAGCGCGGCGCUGCUGUCUUCAUGGACGCCUCCCGCUUCAACCACUCCUGCAUCUCCAACGCCUUCUUUUCAUGGAACAGUAACAUAGGCAAAGAAACCAUCCACGCCAUAGUCGACAUCCUCGCCGGAGAAGAAAUCACGCUGUGCUACUGUGACGCGCUCUGGGACACCCACAUGCGCAACUGGGCGCUCAAGCACUACGGCUUCAGAUGCGCCUGUCGCGCUUGCGGGGAGAUGGUUCCAGGCAGUUUCGCAGCGCAGAGCCACAGUCGAAGGUACCGGAUGCGGGAGUUGCAGGAGCGGCUUGACGGGCAUGGGAAGUCCCUCAGGAAGUUCGACAAGGUGGAUACGGCGGCUGCGGUGUCGGAUGCGGUGGAGAUGUGCGCGCUGUUGGUCGAGGAGGGACUGUUUACGGCGGAGCUAGGGAAGGCGUAUGACGACCUUGCUAUUGUCUGUGAGCAGGCUGGCGAUUUGAGGUUCGGGUAUGCGGCGGCUUGCAAGGAGCUGGAGGUCUAUGAGACUAUACUCGGCUCUGAUCAUCCGGAGGUCGAGAGCGCGAGUGGCUUGGUGAGGCGCCUGAAGAAGAAGAAGCUUGACGGCGAGAAGUAG